CUCAGCCCGGUAAGAUCGACGCCGCCCUCGCCCCCGAUAGAAAGACGAAAACGCGGCGAAACAGCCGACGGACGAGCGCGACCACGAUUCCGCAACGGGCUGAAACACCCUAACCAACGAGCACGGAGGUGUCGUAACGACCAAAGAUAUAAACAAUCCGAAAGGAGGGAGCAGAGGUAGGGUAGAAACGCCUGAAAGACGUCGCAUUGUUAACUGACGACGAGAAAAGAAGUUUCGCGCUCGAGGAAGAUUGUUUUUAUUUGUAAAUACAAGGCAGAAAUUUUUCUGUUCAUUGGAAAUGAAUUUGAUCGUUUCACGCGCGACGACCGACGGCGGUUGAUUCUCGAUCCAGCAAGAUCCGAGACAGUCGAUGUGUAACGAGAUGAGAAGGAGACGAACGAAAGGGAGCGACGCGACGCGCUUCCAGGAUGCUUAAGACCGAGGACUGCUGACGACACAGGACGAACCAAGGUGGGAAACAGUGCGGGAGUUUCGAGGAAAGGGCCGUACGCUCGGAAGUCUCGAUUCUGAAACGAGCACACGGUCGAGUUUUAUGUAGGAGGACCCAGAGCGAUAGCAGCGUUCGCGAUGGCGUCGUCGAUGAAAGUCGAAGAUGCCAGACAACGCAAACUGCCGCCCGUCGACCGUGGAAACUAAAAGGCGACGCGUCCUCGACGGAUUAGAGGCGCGGCCGUAACAUCGACUCGCUUCAGAGCAACCAAACGCUUUGAGCACAAAGAAAAUCAGGGAUCACUGUAAACGAGCAAUAUUGUAUAAAACCACAGGACUCUCGGACCGUUCGCAGAAGCUAAUUAGAUAUUUCCUCUGUGGCGUUCGAAGGGAAAGCAGAAACUCGUCGCUAAUAGCUACCCGCAAGGACGACCACCGAUGCUCGAUUGUGAACUUAAUUAACGACGUUUUAUCCGAGUUGAACGGCUUCGUGGAAACAAUCGACCUUCGAUUUGCCGCAGCUUAAGGGCGUACGAAGGAUCGCGAAGUUUUCAAGUCGUUUCGAAUCCAUUCACGGGAGAGGCUCUCGCUCGUUCUCCAGUCAUUUGGCUGCAGCCUUCCAGAAGACCCGUCAUCGAGGCUGUCCAAACUUUCGGUCGUUCUUGGCCGAGAAACUUACCAAGCGUUCGUCGGGUUUCCGCGGCAUCGAUCGUACCAGGCGGUGUCAACGGGACAUCACGGACGGGAACGAAACCCUCAAGAAGUUCGAUAGAAGCCUUAAUCUCGCGUUCCGAUGGGUUCCAGGUUCUGAAAUCACGUUUCCAUACUUUCGUCCACCUGGAGCCGCGUUUCGACGACUUUGGCUCUUCGAAAUCGUCAGGAGAAAUUUCGCGACCGCCGUUAGGCAAAUGGUGGACAUCGUCGAUUCCAGUCUGCCGCAAACACUUAACGCAACGUGUUCUGCUGGUAUCGAACCGCCUCACGAAAUCAACUUGCGAGCAAAGCUACGUAGUCGGAGUAUCAACGGAGACGUCUCGUAACUGUCGCGAGACGGAUAAGUCUGAGGGAGAACCCUGGCAGGCGGCAAUAAAAGUCCGGAUCCGGCGCGGAGAAUUUACGGAGGUUCAUUAGUGGACGCGGGGAAGAGUUUACGAGGGUCGCAGGCAUCCCCCGCGUCGGUACGCGACGAUUCAAAGUUCCCAAAAGACAAUAAGAGAUCGGAUUUCCAGAGCGAGAGUCGUAACCUAGAAAGGCAUCGAAUGUCGUAGGUCAAGGAGUCCGAUAGGUUCCGACAGCUGCGCCGCUGGUUACGCGGCCGGAUACAUCGAUCAUUCCCCGGGCACCAUAGAGGCGCAAGGAACCGGCGAUUCCGAAAGAGCCAUUCUCUAGAAUACUCUCGGACGGUUGAAAGUUUCCAGGCUGAUCGUUGAAACGGACCGACGUAAAGUAGCCUACCAAGGGUAACGAGGUACCUAAGGGUAAACAACGUUCAUCCCUGGUUCAUUCUUUCCUCCAAGGGAGGAAUCGGGCGCUACGGCAACUGCAAACAAUUGUGUUUGCCCGGUACAGCUGGACUCCCUGAUCCUUCAGAUUGGUCAGCGUAGCCCCGUCACGCUUGGACUCUGUUGCGUUAUCGAUCGUCCGGCUCGUGAAUCUCGCCCGUCGGUCGUUAACAUCCGUCGAAGGAUCGAGGAACCGCGCCAGAGAAACCAGCACGCAAGAGCCUCGAUAGACGAGGAGACGGAAGGGUCCAGUAAACGGAGGGACAGUCCGGAAGGGUUGGCGCGCAGCUUGAGCAUCGAAAGCGGAAUCGGACGCUACGCGAUUGGUUCGUUCGGUCACGGUGGGGCAACCGGGCCCAGCGGUGGCGGGCCUGCGGAGGGGUUCACCGGCGCUGAGGGCACGGACCCCGUCAACGGUUGCCUAGGUGGGCAGCAGCCGGUGGUGGGGGCUAGCCGCGGUGUCCUAAGUCGGCGACACAGUCGCGACUUAAGCCCCUCGAAGUCGUCGGAGGGCCAGGAUGCGCCCACCCACGGGGGCGGGGGUGGUGGCGGUGUCGGUACCGUAUCCGGUACUGGCGCAACCGGUUCCGGACAGGAUUGGCGAAGGCUAGUAGGCAGCAUCAGGCGCAAGGUGCGCCGAAAAACUACCCACAGCAGCGCCAGCAUCUCCGAGGCCGGUCUCCAAGAGACCAACCGCAAUCAAGAUGACUUUCUCAAGGCCACCAUGAGAAUCUUCCUGGUGGUGUCGCCACCGAUGGGCCGCGUUCAGGUGCGUUCGAGGUCGUUGACCCAGCUGGACGCUCUGGGCAACAGCAUGCUGGACACGGGGGAACACCAUCUGGGGGGUGGACCCUCGCAACAGCAACCCCAUCAUCUUCACCACCAUUACCAACCUCAGCAAAUACAGCACCACCCCCAAAGCGUCGAGAGUAAUCCUCGGUUUCUUGUACCCAGUGCGGCGUCUACCGAGGGUACACACCAGAACCGCACCAGACACAAGCUGUCUCGGUCUCAGGUUUCCAGUAGCGAGUAUUUCAGCAUCAGCUUCGACCUGACCGACGACGCCGGAUCCUUGGACAGGGACGAAUUUCUGCCAGCUGCAAAAGGGACUUGCCUGGCGGAGGCACUGAACACAGCUUGUGAAAGACGCGGCAUAGAUCUGUCGCGCAUCGAAGUGCACGAUGGUUUGUCGACGCCAUUACCGAUUCUGACAACAGACACAGCGAGCCUUGGUGGAAAACAUCUGAGAAUAACAGUCAAGGACAAUGAGAAACCGAACUCCAGAUCGACUAGUCAGAGGGUUGGUCAAAUCAUAUCGUUGAGGAAAGCGGCGAGUGGGAGUUAUCGGGGUCGGAGCGGUCGCUUCUUCAGCGUCUCGACGGAAGACUCGAGCGUUGAUUCGGAAGUAAGUGGCAGCACGACGCUCACUUCUGGUCGGAGUUCCGCUGGGGCUGCGGGACUCAAGACCAGCAAGCAGCGCUGGAGCGGCUUCUUCAUGAACACGAAGGGCAACAAGCUGGACCUCCUCACUGCACAACUCGACGACUACAAUAAACACGGUGUACCGAAGCUCACGGACGUACAACUGCCCUACGAACACGCUAUCAACGAAGAUGCCUUGUACAACUUAGAAGACGACUGGCGCGACAUUGUCUACAACUCGGACCAACUUUCGGAGAAGCAGCAGCAGCAACAGACUGCUCUGUGGGAGUUAGCUCAAACAGAAGUAGCGUACAUUAAGACACUGAAGGUCGUCACAGACCUCUUCAUGGCGUGCCUCUGCAGCCUGCAGGCCUCGAAUAUCCUGACCGAGGUCGACAGAACCAAGCUGUUCAGCAACAUCCCUGAAAUCUACGCCGCCAAUCGCUACUUCUUGAGCGAGCAUGUCCUGGCGAUGGUGAAUACAUCGAGGUCCACUGGACAACCGCUCGAUCCUGGCCACCUUCUGCAGGGUUUCGAGACGUUCGAGCAAACGUUCGCGCCCUACGCCAGAUACUGUGCCGAGCAAAGCAGGUGUCAGCAGUACUGCAGGGACCGGCUGAACGAUAAUCAAUUGUUCACGGUCUAUCUGGUGUGGUGCGAGACUCAAAAGGACUGCAAUCGACUGAAACUGCUCGACAUAUUGGUGAAGCCUAUGCAGAGACUGACUAAGUACUCCCUCCUCCUGAAAGCUGUUCACAAGAACACAGAGAUCGAGGAACAACGGGCAGAGUUGACACACAUGAUCAAAUCUGUAGACGACUUCGUGGCGUCCGUGAACGCCGCUUUGAGGAGGAGCGAGGAGACAGCGCGGUUGGCCAGUGCAGCGUGUCGCAUAGAGAGCUACGACGUGGUCGAGUCCCGGGACGAGGAAUUAGAGAAACUAAUUAAGAAUCACAGCACGUUCGACAUUACGACGGUGCCGAUGCCAGGUUGCCCGAAAGACACGCUCAGAGUGCUUCUCCGCGACGGAGACUUGAAGCUGAGGGACGCAGCUAGCAGCAAGAUGGAGGUGCACGUGCUGCUGCUGACGGACAUGCUAUUGAUCUGCAAACCAUCUACCAAAAAAACCUCAUCCAGCGGGCUGACUGGAACCGUCGGGGGUGGUUUGAAGAUUAUUAGACAGCCGUACGUGAUCGAUCGCAUCCGCAUCCACGAGCUCAAGGAACCGACCAGCUUAGGAUUGAUCUAUCUGAAUGAGUACGGGGCGGCGUCGGCUGCUCUGGUUCUCAGCGCUGGGGAAUCGAAAUUGGCCAAGUCGUGGAUGGAAUCCAUAAGAAAGGCUCAACAACAGUUCGCGCUGAUGAAGGUACCGCCGCUCGGUAAUCCCUUGCACCUGGCAACGGUCAGUCGACAGCCUAGCACUUUCCUAGGGGAUGUUGAUUUCGAGGGCGAGGAAUGCGAGACGAUUCUGAAAACGCCGCGUGGAAGUAGCAGGGCGUCGCGUGUCAGCAGCCUCGCCCACAGUCACAGUCGCGAAACAACUUCCAGCGGUAGUAUCGAGAUGGAGGGCAUGUCGCCGGGAAGCAGCAGCUUCCUGCCCAGUUACAAUCAAAGCAGAAACGUUAGCGUAGAGACCAGCGAACUGCCGCGCGCCUCGAGCGUCUCGUCCGAGGAAGGCGGUGAGAGUUCUGGACAUAAUCACAGACCCCUACAAAUAAGUUCUAACAAAUUUGAUAAUAGACGAUAUCUGCUGAGUAAGUCGCCGACGCCCAACACACUGAGCGUCCAAGUGCCGGCAUAUUCUAGCUUGGGCCAAUCGCUACCAAACUUGACUCUAGCUACUUCGCCACAAACGUCAACCGUAUCCCCGACACCGCCAAACUCACUUCUAAUCGUACCCCAAAUAACAAAGAGCAAGGACACUUUGCUUUCACCAGGGCACCGAGGUAUCUCCUAUCCGCCGCCGUCACCCCCGAGAGGGGCCCUAAGAAGAGCGUUCGCGAUCCCGCAAUCGCGAAAUCCACCUCUCGUUAAAACGAGACACAUAAGCACGUCUGUGACGCAGACGAUGCAGCCCACGAUGAACCUGGACGCAGACGCCAUCGAGGAAAGAAGAAGGAGGCUGGAACCUUCGCACAGGAUGCCAUCGACGAGCAGCAUCGCCGAAGAAAAGGUUAACGAUUUCAUCUGAGAUUUCAAUCUUCUCUUUCCGACGUUAAUCUGGUAACAGGCGAGAGCCACGCCCAAACAUUGAGACGCUCCAGCGACAAACCGCGAUAGGACGAUUCAGAUGCGGAGUGUUUUGUGAGACAUUCUAAUAGUAACCUUCCAAGCAGACCUCUGGAUAAAGUUUCCUUUGCCGCUGGUUCUCCGUAAAACCAGUAAAGACGAGAAAUCUUUCUAAUCUCUCAUGGAACACCCUGCAUUGCUUUCUCCUACGAGUCAAUUAACUUGGUGUUGUGUUACGUCGAACCAAGUCGCCGGUUUUCUAUCGUUCGGUACAUUUUUUUAGAAAUGACAAGAGCUGGCACACAAGAGUAACCUACCGAAAAGGUAAAUUGCUACGGACCAUCCGCAUUUGAUAAGGGUGUACGUGACACACGUUGGGUUUAGAAACAAGAUAUUGCUUUCUGUUGUCUAUAUGCAAGUGCUGCACACACUUUCAUGCAGGAUCAGAAACGGUUACAAACGAUACGAAAGGAUUCAACUUGAGUAUGUGAACGUCUCGUACUCCCUGUGCCUACAAUAUGAAUCGAGCAAUUUUACAAUCGAUUGGGGCCAUUCGAAAUCAACGUGAAGUUUGUACCAUGACCGUAUCAUUGUAACUUCUUUACUUAGCCGUGUAACUUCUAGAUCUCAUUUUGUAAUUAAUUACGUGGCUGUUGGGACAGCCGCGUUCAAUAUUACCCUAGUUCAUUUAGAAUUGUAAGCGAUGAACAAAAGAAAAAACAGGCCUACAUAGUGUAAUUACAAUUACGACUAUUUAUCGUGAUUUAAGUUUAGAUAACUAUAAUAGUUGGAGUUAAGAUGCCUCUAGUGAAAAUUUUAAACUAAAAAGCGAGUUCGUGAUUUAAUGAUAACGCCAGAGCGUGAUCGUUUAGGCGGAUGGACGCACGUUAGGGAGUCACAAUUUUUCGUAGAAGAAACAGUUUCGCUAACCCCUCGUACAACAAGCUUCGAUAAAAUGAAAAUUCCAAGCGUGGGUGGAUACGAGAAGCGUUUCAAGCGGGAGAGAAACGUUUACUUUAAGUACAAAUUCGAUUUCGCAAUAUUUUGUUCGAGAGACUGAACUGAAGAAUCGGGCCGUCGAUGAACGUCACCCAACUAGAGACAACAAUACGUAGAAAGAAAACAAGAGCAAUGAUUUUAUACGAGCUCCUCAUGUAAGAUUUCUUUCGACCCUAAAAUUUGCGCAGCUUGCAUUAAGCUUAAACGUGUUAACUAUCAUAAAAGAUAUCGAUUGUACGUGUAUGUACGAUCAUUCGCGAUCAAGGUCAAAAUAUAGUACAUAAUUUAUUAACGAUUUGUAUUUCUCCCCUUAAUCGUACUCCUCGUUUUGACUAAAGGUAAGUACU